UACAGUAGUAAAUGUGAAAAUAAAGCCAUCUGUACAUACCGGUUGAUCGCAGCUGAUCAGAACUACGGAUCUGAGCAUCGGUGAUCGAUUGACUAAUCGAUUACUGUCGCCGCCUGCGCAGCUCCGCUCCCCGCCCUGCUCUCCAUCACAUCUCGUUGUCUCACCGGAGGAUGGGUCUACUGGAGGCUAACGGCUAACCGAGCGGGCUUCUCAUGUCUCUUCUUGUUUUGGUUUCGUCCAGCGGAGCCGUUACCAUCCCGAACCGGUCCGGACUCGCCGUGUCUGUGUCCCGGAGCUCCGGCGGGGAGAUGCAGGAGCUGUUAUGUAAGAGCGGAGCAGCUAACGUUAACCCGCCGCCAUGAAUGACGCGCAGCAAGAAAUGUCUCCGGACUUCGUCCUGAUGCGGCUCGUUUCCGCCGCUGAAUACGACCGGCUGGACGAACCCGACGACCUGAUCCGGUCUGUAGGCGGCGGGUUCGGGCCUGUGAAAGCAGCGCUGGGACACCGUGGUGGCGGGUUUGAUCUGGACCCCAGCGGCCCCCCAGCAGGCCUCGGAUCCGCAUCCCCGCACUACAGCUCGCCUCUCCCCGGAAAAGGUGAUCUGGACGGCGGGCUUGUGUUGACGCAGGCCCCGCCAGGUUCUGAGGCACCGCUGUCCCCGCCACCGGAGGACUUUACUGUCGCGGCACAGCGGUUUGUGGACGGUUCGGGAGGACAUGGCUCCAGGGCGCAGCUCAUGGUGUUUCAAAACCUGCUGCGGUCCGGAGACCGAAUGCUGGAGAUCGGACUGGAGCCGCCACCUGCGGGGUACCUCCAGGAGGAGGCAGAGAGACAGAGACAGCAACUAGACCCGGUACCAGGUCCUGGGAACACAACAGCUGGUCCUGGACCUGGUGGAGGAAUGGAGCAGAACUCUUCCUGCAUCCCGUUAACUGGCGAGACCCUGCAGCCACCACAGCUCCUGCAGUGGCAUCCAGUUCUCAGACUGUCCAAAGGGUCCAACGGGCCCCAGACCCCUCAGCAGGUUCCUGGGCUGGACUCUGUGCCCGGCUCGUUCCUGUGCCACAGACAUCAGUUGGCUAAGUGGCCUCCGGGCCUGCUGGACCAAGCACUGCGCCUGGGACUACUGGAACCCAGGAAGACCUGCUCAUCAGGGGGCGAAGACCCUGUCCUGGUUCUUGCUCAGAGGCUGGGGCAGCUGGGAGAGGUAAGGGAGGGUGUGGGAGGUGGGGGGGAGGACAUGGAACCCCCCAUCCCUCGCUGUGCCUGCCACAGCAUUCUCACAUCUGGAGGACUUGGUGAAGACCCAAGUGACACCAGUGAUGCCCUGCUGGUUCUGGAGGGACUGGGUUCUGAGGAGGUGGGUGGACUAGGCCAAGGAGAAGGCAGGGAAGGGGAGGAGGCUGGGAAAAGAGGGCAGGUAGAGGGAGUUAGUGGAGGGGGGACACCUGGGGGGGCAGGUCCUGUGUUCUCUAGUGGGACCCUGAGUGGUCUGAUGCAACAGGUCCACAGACUUGCUGAGGAGGCGGGGGUCUGCACAGACCAGAACUGCCGCUCUGCUGUCUCACCCCCCAUCAACACCACUACCACCUGCCUGUACCCCCUGGUCCAACCACAGACCCCCCCACCUGCUACAGCAGCCCUCAGUGGCCUUCACGUCUCCCCUGACCCAGGUCCCCGCCCGCAGCAUCAGCACCAGUCCCGGUCCCAGCCCCAGAGUCGCGCUGCCCCCCCUAAACUUGGUGUGGCCUCCGGGGGAGCUGGGCAGUCUGUCUCACCUCUGGUGGUCCUGGAGGGUGAGAAGACUUCCCGAGGAAAGUCAAGAAAGGGGGAGUCCCUUAAAGUCCGGCUCAGCAAGCUGUUCAGAACCAAGAGCUCCAGUGGGGGGUCGGGGGGACUGCUGGACAAGAGGCCAUCACUGGCAUCCUCCACCUCAUCUGGGGGAAGCCUGUUGGACGUGUGGGGUUCCACCUGCAGCAACAUGGACCAGGACAGCAGCAGGCUGCAGGUGUCACGACCUCACAGUGCCUUCUGCCCGGUGCCGCUCACCCCUGCUUUCACAGGUGAGACGGUGUCUCUGGUCGAUGUGGACAUUUCUCGCAGGGGGGGGGGCUGUCUCCACCCCCCCACGCCCCCUCCCCCACCCAGACGGAGCCUCAGUCUGCUCGAUGAUUUUGGAGGUCCUCCUCAGCAGCAGGGGUCCUUCACUGAGCGGACCGGAGGCGCCUCAAUGCAGUCUCUGCCCCCCCGACCGAUGGCACUGCCCUCUUCCCUCAGCACCAUCCAGCACAGCCUGAGCCUCAAUGACACCUUUCUUCGAGGUCUACCCAGACCGGUACCUCUACGUCCUGACGGGCAGAACCUCCCGCCCCGACUCGCCCCACGCUGCCCCCUAAGCAGACCCGACACCGGCAGCUUUGCCACCAGCCUCAGAGAGCUGGAAAAGGUGGGCGUCAUCUUCACGCCCAGGUAUGUGAUUGUGAGGGGGCGGGGCUUACUUGUGUAUGUAUGUGUGUGUGUGCAGUGUGGCUGGUACUGGGGUCCGAUGAACUGGGAGGACGCAGAGAUGAAGCUGAAGGGGAAACCGGAUGGCUCGUUCCUGGUGCGGGACAGUUCGGACCCCCGGUACAUUCUUAGUCUGAGCUUCAGGUCUCAGGGCGUCACGCACCACACGCGCAUGGAACACUACAGAGGGACAUUCAGUCUCUGGUGCCACCCAAAGUUCGAGGACAGAUGUCACUCCGUGGUCGAGUUUAUCGAGAGAGCCAUCAUGCACUCCAAGAAUGGGAAGUUCCUCUACUUCCUACGCUCCAGAGUCCCAGGUCUACCCCCGACCCCGGUCCAGCUCCUGUAUCCAGUCUCCAGGUUCAGCAGUGUCAAGUCCCUGCAGCAUCUGUGCCGCUUCUGCAUCAGACAGCUGGUCCGGAUCGACCACAUUCAGGAGCUGCCUCUGCCCACGUCUCUGAUCUCUUACCUGAGGAAGUUUUAUUACUACGACCCUGAGGAGGAGACCAGCCCCCCGCUGCAGGAGGUGAGGGAGCAGAGUGGCUCUCUUCAGAUGGAGUCUCAGACGUAGCAGCGGAGACACCCUCAUUCCUUCCUUUCUUUUCCGGACUCGUUCACUGAAAGACGUUUCAAUCGUUCAAACGGAACUUGACUGCAGCCAAUCAGCUCCCUCUGCUCAGUCUCGUAUGCAGGCGGGUCUCAGAUGAUCCUCCCUUCUCUGAUUGGCUCACAUGGAGUGGGGAAGGGGGCAGGGGAUGUGGAGACUCCGCCUCCUUUUUGAUGUCAUCACUGAACAGCUGGACGACUCUGAUGAUGACUCCGAGGACCCUUGUCUCCUCUGGGAUCCUAAACUUUCCCCAGAUUUAAGGACUCGUGGAAGUUCAGUUCGACGUUUGUUUGGAAACGGGAAGAAAAUCAUCAGUCUGGAGUUUAUUUUCUGUUUCUGAGCAGGGCGAGCCUCGGAUCAGCAGUGGGGGUGCUCUCCUGAUCCAACUUGGACGUGGUAAAGGAAUAAUCAACAGCAAAAGGAAUGAAAUAUCUCUGCUUCUCAAACGAAACCCGCUGUUUUUGGUUUAAACUGGAUAUUUUUGUUGUUGUUGUUGUUUUUUAACUGAAAAAUCUGUUAUUUAUGAGUGAAUCUGUGAUUUUCAGCUGCAGCUUUAAAACAAAUAAAAGCAGAUUUGCAGCACGAUCCAACAAGAACAUGUGGUUCCCACCUGAAGCGUUUUAAUGCUGCAGCUUCAAUCCACUGGUUUCAGACGGAACCGUCAGCUGCUUCAGAACCCGUCCGGAUUCUGAUCAAACUGGAUCUGGGUUCUGUUUUCUACAAACAUCAUUUUGAUGACUUUCGUCAUUGCUGAAUGUUUUAACUGCCAGAUGAUGAAACAACCCGUUCCAGCCUAAGUGAUGUCAGACUCUGGAAACAGACUUCAUUUAAAUCUUAAUUUAGGGGACUUGAUGUCGGAUCCCGAACAGAACUUUGUUUUUGUAUGAAUGUGGACUGGUGAAGGCCCGGUUCUGUUUCUACAGCCAGAAUCCAAAGUGAUCGAUUCAUCAGCUCACACGUUAAGGUGAAACCAGAACCAAUCUCAUAACAGUUCAUGCAGCUGCAGAGGUUUCAGUUCUGAACUCGUGAGUUUUGGUUCUCUGAAUCGGACCAUCUAUUCUCCAGAACCAGAAAAGCUCCUAAGACCCAAAAAGCUCCGCCACUGCUUUAAUGGGGAACACUUUAAAGAAGCUGCAGUCUGAGCUCAAAAGUUCUGUUUGGAUUCAAACUGGGUCAUUCUGGACUUAGAAGACUGAGUGUUCAGACAUCAAAGACAGAACUUCAGGUGUGGAGGGGGCGGAGUCAUUUUCAGGUACCAGGGUGGUUUAUUUGAUGUUCCUGCUGGUUGAAGGUCUUGUCGCUAGCUCAGAGGAAAAGCUGGUCCAUUUGUAACAGAAGAUUUUAAACUUGUUUCAAAUUUUCAGGACAAAUUUUUAUCAAAACAUCUGAAAAAGUUCUGGUUCUGGUUCUGGUCUAAUCUGAAUCUGCAUGACUCCAAAACUUAGUGUUUUUAUGUGUUUCAGAUCAAAUUCUCUGAGGGUGAAGGUUUAAAACCCCAGUUAGUCUGAGAGGUUCUGGUGGCUGUGAGGAAUACCUGAGUUCACCUGCAGGACGAUUAAAACAUUUAAAGGAGCGCCAUCUUGUUUUUUCCUGAUUGAGAGGAGGUUCUGAUUAUUUGGUUCUGGUUUAGUUCUUUGGGUUGGAUUUCAGUCGGACCGACAUAAACCAGGAUCCUGGAGGCGACAGUCACUCCGAUGAUUGAGGAAAUUUGACCAAAAACUCACAGCAGGGUUACCGUGACAACAGCUGGACUAUCACAUCUCAACAUCCUGAAGCUUCUCUGGUACCUGGAGGGCCCCAGAGGGCCCUGAUGUCAGAGUUCUGGACGUGGACUGCAGGCAUGUUGUUGGUGUGGAGGAGCAGGGAUGUGUCGGUUAAUAAAACACGGACCGACGUCUCCUGGACGGUGUCCUCAAACGUCUCAGCCAUUAAAGGCAAAUUUUAAAAUGAUCUUUAAAAAUUUCAGGUUUGAUUAAUUCAGCCUGAAACAUCCAACUACAAUGAUUCUACUUACUUUGUCUAAAAAUAAAACCUGUUUCUGAAACA